CAUUAAAUUAUGUUUUUCGUUGGUUGAUAAUUUCCAAAACGAAAUUAUGUUAUUGUAGUGUGUUAAAUAAUUAUACAUCGGUCUAAUUUAAUGUAUAACUAAAAUCAAAGUCGUGCAUGAUCCUGCAAUAUAAACUAAAAUCUACUUUUCUUUCAUAACACCUACAAAAUGGGCCUUCUAUCGGACCCGGAGUACGGUUCAGUGAAAUGGGUAAAAGUGCUCAAAAAAAUCAAUUUUCCAUUAUGUUGCCUAUGCUAUGUUGGCUCCAUACUCUGGUUCUUCACGCUUGCCCAUCCAGAGUUCAACAAUGAGACCUACUUCUCUGAAAAUGCCCUAUUGCCUGGUUUGGUUAGAAAUGAAUUCAACGGUGAACACUCUGCCAAUAAAUUCUUUAAUGAAUUUAUUCAGGAACUCGAGGACAAAUAUGAGGACAGUAAUGAGAUGCCAGUAGACUGGCUUGUUGCUAAAAUGUCACAGUUAAGUCUGGAAGUUUAUACACAUAACUUCAGCUUAAACUAUCCAUUUGGUCAGGGACAGACAUACAAAGGCACAAAUGUAUAUGGUAUCCUCAGAGCUCCGCGGACAUCUUCCCUAGAGGCAUUAGUAGUGACAGCACCUUAUCGCUCACUCUCAAACCAUCAGAAAGGAACAGCUGCUGGUAUUGCAUUGAUGCUAGCAUUUGCUCAAUUUGCUAGACCACAGAAUUACUGGGCAAAAGACAUAAUAUUUCUAAUCACAGAACAUGAGCAACUAGGAAUGCAAGCUUGGCUAGAAGCAUACCAUGGUCUGCAGCAAGAAACCUCUACCUUCUAUACAUCUCUUGGUAGUUUCUGGCAGACAGGCUUUGAUUUUGGGAAACCACCGCAGAUAUUUGAAUGGCUGAUGACUGAUCACUCUAAGUCUUUGGAUCCUGGCGUUUUGAAAGGACGGUCUGGAUCAAUACAAGCAGCCAUUAAUUUAGAGUUCCAUACACCAAAAUUCAAGUACAUAGAAGUAAAAGUGGAAGGUUUGAAUGGACAACUUCCAAACCUGGAUUUGGUGAAUUUAGCACACAAAUUGUGUGUGCUAUCAGACAUACAUCAUUCUUACCAAAAUAGUUUCACCUGGCUUCGUUCACGCAAUAACAUAGAUGAAUGGGUGUACAGUAUUGGGACUAUGUUAAAGAUGUCUGCUGCACAAGUUACUGGGGUACCGAAUGGAAACCAUGGUCUGUUUCUUCCAUUCGGAAUAGACGCUAUCACACUCGAGGGUCGUGAACUGAACGAUCCCGCUGGAGAUCCCCCUCGAGCCCAGUACCUUAGCACGAGAAACUUUUACCUGCUCGGAAUAACAUUAGAGAGAGUGCUACGUUCAUUGAACAAUCUUUUAGAAAGAUUCCACCAAAGUUAUUUCUUCUAUAUGCUGGCUGCCACUAAUCGUUACAUUUCCAUUGGUCAAUACAUGCCAUCACUGUGUCUCUUGUGUGGUGCAAUGCUAACACGCGCUUUAUGCUUAUGGGUGACAAUACAACAAGACGAAGAAAUAGAGAAGAGACAAGAUGAGAAGGACAAAGGUCUGAAAGAAAAAAAGUCAGAGGAAAUAUUAGAAAAUACUGAAGAAAAAGCUGAUAGCGAAGAAAAGGAACCCUUAAUAAAAGAUGUAAUAAAGCCAAAAGAAGAUGUUAUAAAUACAAAGGAAGAUGAAAUAAAGACAAAUGAAGAAGUAGUAAUGGCAAAGGAAGAUGAAAUAAACGCAAAGAAAGCAGCAAUAAAGGCAAAGAAUGAUGAAAUAGAGACAAAGAACGGUGCGGACUUGAACAUCAGCAUAGUAAAUGUUGGUUGCAAUUAUUUUUUGGUACAUAUUUUGGGUUAUGCUGCCAAUUGUUCGCCUGAAUAUUUCAAUUAUAUAGGAACCACUUACUUCGACCAAACGCCAGAAGCUUCUAUCUUCUAUGGUCUCAUAGCUUUGUCAGUGUUUUAUUUAUUCGUCACACCGUUUGCAUUUCGGUUUCCGACGUUUGAGGACUUGUCGAUGACAAACAUUCUCCUUCUAAUAGAACUGGCGACCGCGUGUUUGGCUAUCGGGAUGCACAACUUUCCUUUGGGACUGCUUAUAGCUGUGUUGUAUACGCCGCUUGCGUUGUUGGUUGGAGUGGUGGGCGAUGACUGCAGAAAACGGAGUGCCAUCGUUUUGUUCCUAAAGAGGAUUCUUUGCAUCAUCCUUCAGCCACUGUUCGUGGUGUCGAUCGCUUUGAUCCUCUACUCAUGGGUGCUUUUCCCGGAGGAGGGAGUGUUGAGCAAGAUGAGCAGAGGGAGGGAUGCGACUAUGCAGGGCGUCAUGUUCUCUGUCGUCGAUUCUGUGAUUUAUGGUAACUGGCUGUUUCAGGUCGUCACCAUGGUAAUAUUUCCAACAUGGAUUCUAUUUUGGCAAAUAUUAUGUAAUAGAGUCACAUAUUAGUUUAAUUACAAUUAAAUUAGUAUACUUACUUAUUCUUACGGAGUUACUAAGUUGAGUGGUAUUACCAUUCCAAAGAUUUGUUUAAUAAAUUUUAUGAAACAGU